AGAGCUGGCCGCCGCAGUUUGCCGCCGCUGCUGGGCGCCUAGGCAGAGCUCCCCGGGCUUCGUGCGACCGCCAUGGACGAGCAGGCGGGGCCCGGCGUCUUCUUCAGCAACAACCACCCGGGAGCUGGCGGUGCUAAGGGGCUCGGGCCUCUGGCGGAGGCUGCAGCGGCCGGAGACGGGGCGGCUGCGGCGGGGGCGGCCCGAGCUCAGUACAGCCUCCCGGGGAUCUUGCACUUCCUGCAGCACGAAUGGGCCCGCUUCGAGGUGGAGAGAGCCCAGUGGGAGGUGGAGCGGGCGGAGCUGCAGGCUCAGAUUGCUUUCCUUCAGGGAGAGAGGAAAGGUCAAGAAAAUUUGAAGAAAGAUCUUGUGAGGAGGAUCAAAAUGCUGGAAUAUGCUCUGAAGCAGGAAAGAGCCAAAUACCACAAGUUGAAAUAUGGGACAGAACUGAAUCAGGGAGACAUGAAGCCUCCAAGCUAUGAUUCUGAUGAAGGUAAUGAAACAGAGGUGCAGCCACAGCAAAAUAGCCAAUUAAUGUGGAAACAAGGCCGGCAGCUACUCAGACAGUAUCUUCAGGAGGUUGGCUACACAGAUACUAUUCUAGAUGUGAAAUCCAAGCGUGUGCGGGCAUUGUUGGGCUUUUCAAGUGAUGUCACUGACAGGGAGGAUGACAAAAACCAGGACUCCGUGAUAAAUGGCACAGAGGCUGAAGUAAAAGAAACAGCAAUGAUUGGAAAAUCCGAGUUAACGGAUUCUGCCUCUGUGCUGGACAAUUUCAAAUUCCUUGAAAAUGCAGCUGCAGAUUUCAGUGAUGAAGAUGAGGACGAGGACAUUGAUGGGAGAGAGAAAAGCGUCAUUGACACUUCCACAAUUGUUAGGAAAAAAGCACUGCCUGAUACCAGUGAAGAUCGAGAUACAAAAGAAGCUCUGAAGGAGUUUGACUUCCUCGUCACAUCAGAGGAAGGAGACGAGUCUAGAAGUGCAGGCGAUGGAACAGACUGGGAAAAGGAAGAUCAGUGUCUGAUGCCUGAAGCCUGGAAUGUGGACCAGGGAGUGAUUACCAAACUGAAGGAGCAGUACAAAAAGGAGAGGAAGGGGAAGAAAGGGGUGAAGAGGCCCAAUAGGUCAAAACUACAAGAUAUGCUUGCUAAUUUGAGAGACGUUGAUGAACUUCCCUCCUUGCAGCCAUCUGUUGGCUCGCCUUCCAGACCCAGCAGCUCCAGGCUUCCUGAACAGGAGAUCAGUAGGGCAGAUGAAGUGGAAGCACUGACGUUUCCUCCUUCUUCUGGGAAGUCAUUUAUCAUGGGAGCAGAUGAAGCCCUUGAGAGCGAGCUGGGGCUUGGAGAGCUAGCAGGCCUUACGGUGGCCAACGAAGCAGACUCACUAGCGUAUGAUAUAGCGAAUAAUAAAGAUGCCUUGAGGAAGACAUGGAAUCCUAAGUUUACAUUGAGGAGUCACUUUGAUGGCAUCCGAGCCCUUGCUUUCCACCCCGUCGAGCCUGUGUUAAUAACAGCAUCAGAGGACCAUACGCUGAAAAUGUGGAAUCUGCAGAAAACAGCCCCAGCCAAAAAGAGUACUUCUCUAGAUGUGGAGCCUAUCUAUACAUUCAGGGCUCACAAAGGUCCGGUGCUGUGUGUGGUAAUGAGUAGCAAUGGUGAGCAGUGCUACAGUGGUGGCACUGAUGGACUGAUCCAGAGCUGGAGCACCACCAACCCCAACAUCGACCCCUAUGAUUCUUACGAUCCUUCUGUUCUAAGAGGCCCUCUGCUGGGCCACACGGAUGCGGUGUGGGGGCUGGCCUACAGUGCAGCACACCAGCGCUUGUUGUCCUGUUCAGCAGACGGUACUCUUCGCGUAUGGAAUACAACUGAGGUUGCUCCAGCACUGAGUGUAUUUAAUGAUAACCAAGAACUGGGAAUCCCUGCUUCUGUGGAUCUGGUGAGCAGCGACCCGAGCCAUAUGGUAGCAUCGUUCAGCAAGGGAUAUACAAGCAUCUUUAACAUGGAAACACAGCAGCGAAUUCUCACGUUAGAAUCCAAUGUCGAUUCAACAGCCAGUUCUUCCUGCCAGAUAAACAGAGUCAUCAGUCAUCCCACCCUCCCGAUCAGCAUCACUGCUCAUGAAGACAGGCAUAUCAAAUUCUACGAUAACAAUACAGGCAAACUGAUCCACUCGAUGGUGGCCCACCUGGAGGCUGUUACAAGUUUGGCAGUUGAUCCAAAUGGCCUGUACUUGAUGUCUGGCAGUCAUGACUGUUCAAUACGCUUAUGGAAUUUAGAAAGUAAGACAUGUAUCCAGGAGUUCACAGCUCAUCGGAAAAAAUUUGAAGAAUCGAUCCAUGAUGUAGCAUUCCACCCUUCCAAAUGCUAUAUAGCCAGUGCUGGAGCCGACGCCCUGGCUAAGGUCUUUGUAUGAUGUGGUUGUAUCAGCUUCACUUUGUAGCUCUUAUAAAAGUCAACUGCACAACGAGAUACGGAAGACCAGGGCAAGAAUCAGCUCGCCCUGCCCUUUUGUUCUGCUGAGGGAGCACAGAGAACUCUGUUAAAGUAUAGUUUUUCAAUUCGUAUACUGUUUUCUAAAAUUAAGGUUUGUUCAGGUUGCUGCAAGCUCAGCCAAACCUGUGAACCUAAAACUUUCAGAUUUCCCCCACAAAGAGGCACUUUUAUUUCUGAAGUAUUUUUAUUUCUCAUUCGCUGGGCAGGCCUGAGCGGAACAGGUUUAGUGUCUCCCUUUUGAGUAAACAGGGCGUGCUGCCAUGGAUAAUUAGAGUUGAAUGCCGGGAAUGAGUAGAGGGGAAACCUAACUGUACUUCCACCCUGAGACAUCUGCUAACCACGCUAGGUAGUCAGCUGUACAGUUGUAUCUGCUCUACUAACCCCACUGUGUAUAAUAUAAUGAGCAGUCAGUGUUCAUAUGAGUUCCUACCACAGCUGUCCUUUCAGCCGUUCUCAUAAAGCACAUGGCAAAGCAUUUCACCUGUUAGGAGGAAAAGAUGCAAUAAUAUGUUCAGUAUAUUACUAUUCAGAAAUGCUAAACAAAUACUUAAUUCGAAAGCAGAUUUCUAUAUUGUAUUACAAUUUUGAAAGUAGAUGUGGAACCAUUCUAAAGUUUAGCUGUGAAACACAGUCAAGAAUGGUUAAUAGUGUCUGCUUUUACUAAAGGAUUUAACUCAUCCAGGUUUGAGAUCCUGUUUAUUUUUAAGGGCAAACAGGGCAUAUUUCUAUAAUUUGUCUAAAACUUCACCUCAUUAAUGUGGCAUUUAUAGUACUAGAGUUAUUAUUUCAUAUUGAUAAAAUUGACUUCCUAGUGACUCUCUGAAAAAGGAGAAAACUAUUUAUUAGCAUCCAUUUUCCAACACCCGUAUAACUGGUUCAAGUGAUCCUUGCUGUUUCUUCCCUACCUUUAAUGGUUGUGUUGUCUGAUGCUUACCAUAAACAGUUUAUAAUUAUUAUGUCAUGUAGCCCAAAACAUGUGGUCACCUCAGGCAGCUGCUUUUGCAGCUGUACCUAAUAAGGUAGUGCACUCCAGAAAGUCUCUACUCGUGAUGGAAAAGACCUCUGUGGAGAUGUAGAUGGAGAUGUCAGUGCCUGCAAUAUCUACAAGGUCUCCUCCUCCCCUCCCCGCCCCGCCCCGCCCCGAAUUGUCCAAUUGGAACGCACACUUUAAUGAACAGUUGAUCAAUACUGUAUCUAGAGAAAACCAUGUCCUAAAAUGCCGGCUCACACAUUUAUCUGUGAGCUGCGUGUGGCCAGCUUUGGGGAGUCUGAGAAUCCUGCUGACUCACGUAGGGCAGUCCUCAUACCCUUCACACCCUCUCUGCUUUUGUCCUAAAGGACAGAGACCACUAUAAAUACUAAUUCAAAUUAAUCUCCACCUUUUUACCAAAAUGUAUACACCAUGGGCUCUGUCUUAAAAAUAGUUUACCCAUAAAUAUUGUGGCCCAUUAAAAGAAUUCCAUUGCCAUAGCCAUGGCAUUUCUGGUGGUCUGUUCUUUGAAGUAGUAUUCUCAUGGUGAUAUGGCUAAUAAUUGACUUCUUAAAAAUUUCUGCUCAUCUGUCUUUAGAAUUCUCCAGUGCAGGCAAACUUUUAUUAUAACUUUAUAAGAGUUCUGCUGAAUUUCCCGGAUUAUUAUAUAGACAUGCUGUAGUAUUUAACACAACCACAGUUUAUCCCUGUGCUUUGGUUAACAAGCAGGCUUAAGAGAAUGACUGGGAUAUGCAAGAGAAUUGAGUCACACAUAACUCCCAGGUAAAUGCUCACAUUUUCAUGUAGAUAGAGUUUUAUGUUGUGGCAUAAAUUCUUCCAUUCCUUGUAAAAUGAACAAAAGGAUUUGCUAACUGAACAUUUGUAGAAUAUUAGAAGAUUCCAGUCGGUCAGAGGUGGCAUAUUUAUGAUGGCUGAGCACAGUUACUGCGUCAGUUACUUUCCAAAGUCUUCAGUCUAUGUCUGACUCUUGUUGCCAACACUCCAAAGCCAGGAGACUCUGCCCUGAUCGUUCUGUGCCUCGUGAUUGAAGUUUUCCUGGGAAAUAAUCCUAAGAUAGGCAAAGUGUAAUACAAAUGACAGGACUGUUGAAAGCUUUUUUUAGGAGGUGUGCUUUGUGCCAUUGAAGACUGCACAUAGAGAUUCUUUUAGACUAGCCCUGUUUGCUGUCAUCCUAGAAAUGAGCCAAAGCUGUCUUCCAGCAGGAUGGUAGCAUGCACAUGUGUUUGACUUUCCCCAUCCUAUUGAAAAUUCACAGGAUGAACGAAUUCAAGAUUCAAAAUCCUUGAAAUACUUUGAUGACUAUUUACCAGAUUGUAAAUGUUUUGGGUGGGCUGUUUGGGAACGUGAAGAUAAACAGGUAGGUUAGGUCCCUGCCUUGUUCUCAGUGCUGUGGAUGUGUCUCUGGGAGCUUACAGUACUUCUCAAAAUGCAGCUGUCACUUGGAGCUCAUUUGCUACUCAAACCAUAGACAAAUAAGUGAUGUAAUGACCUUCAGUAUUUUUCUAUUGAACAAAGUUAUCAAUUUUUGCCAUUAAACAAAUAAUUAGUUAUGCAAAGUAUUUAGCUUUUGUAAUCAUUUAGUUGUAACUAAAAGGGGGAAAUUGAACUGUAUCACCAAUAAUGAACUUUCUGAGAAAUUGUUUAUCUGACUUCCAUUAUUCCUUCAGUAUUCUUGCU